AUGGAGGAGCUGAAGAUGUCUGGAUCCAUCGCAUCCUACGACCAAUUGGUGAGGCAGGUGGAGGCACUGAAGAAAGAAAACACGCACCUCCGGCGUGAACUGGAGGACAACUCAAACCAUCUCUCCAAGCUUGAAAAUGAGACCUCCGACAUGAAGGAAGUUCUGAAGCACCUGCAAGGCAAGUUGGAACAGGAGGCCAAGGUGAUGGUGUCGUCAGGGCAGAUGGAGUUUUUGGACCAGCUAAAAGCUCUUCAGAUGGACAUCAGCAGCUUGUACAGCCUGAAGUUCCGCCCUCCUGCCCAGGUCUCGGAGCCCAUCUGCCAGGGCCGCAGCCCCGAGGAGACCCCGGCCCACCCCUCCGUGCUCCAGAGAAAGGACAGCAUGGGAGAUCUGAGCCAGGCCACGAUCCGGCUCCUGGAGGAGCUUGGCAGGGAAAGGUGUUUCUUGCUCACGGAGAUUGAAAAGGAGGAAAAAGAGAAACUUUGGUAUUAUACUCAACUACAAAACCUCUCCAAGCGGCUGGACGAACUUCCUCACGUGGAGACGUUCUCAAUGCAAAUGGACCUGAUCCGCCAGCAACUGGAAUUCGAAGCCCAGCAUAUCCGCACGCUCAUGGAGGAGCGUUUCGGGACGACCGACGAGAUGGUGCAGCGAGCACAGAUCCGGGCAUCUCGGCUGGAGCAGAUUGACAAGGAGUUGAUGGAAGCCCAGGACAAGGUCCAGCAGUCCGAGACGCAGCUCUGUGGGAAACUGUCUGGCUUGGAAGAGGAUGGGGGUUUCGAGGUUCCGACCCAUCCCGAGGAAGGGGAGAAUCACCCAGGGAACAACAAGGUGGAGGCGGUCUUCUGGCUUCUCUCCAUGCUGGCCACGCAGGACAAGAAGGACAUGUCCCGCACGCUUCUCGCCAUGUCCAGCUCCCAGGAGAGCUGCCUGGCUAUGCGGAAGUCGGGCUGCCUGCCGCUGCUUGUCCAAAUCCUCCACGACACGGACCAGGAGCCGGGAGCCGCCGAGAGCCCCGGGGUGGCCGGGAAGGACUGCCGCAUGCGGGCCAAUGCCGCCCUGCACAACAUCAUCUUCUCGCAGCCUGACGAGGGGCGGGCCAAGAAGGAGAUGCGGGUCCUCCAUGUCCUGGAACAAAUCCGCUCCUACUCGGAGACAUGUUGGGAUUGGCUCCGGAUGCACCGCAAAGAAGGGGCCGAAAUACCCGAAGCAGGGGCAGGGCUGGUCCCCAUCGAGUCACAGAUCUGCCAGGCGACCUGUGCCAUCAUGAAGCUGUCGUUCGACGAAGAGUAUCGCCAAGCCAUGAACGAGCUGGGUGGGCUCCAGGCUGUUGCGGAGCUCCUGCAGGUGGACUAUGAGAUGCAUGGAAUGACCAAGGACCCCCUCAACCUGGCCUUGAGGCGCUACACUGGCAUGGCCUUGACCAACCUCACGUUUGGGGAUGUCGUCAACAAGGCAACCCUGUGCUCUCGGCAACGAUGCAUGCAGGCUAUCGUGGCCCAGCUGACGUCCGAGAGUGAAGAGCUGCACCAGGUGGUAUCCAGCAUCCUUCGGAACCUUUCCUGGCGGGCCGACAUCAACAGCAAAAAGGUCCUGAGGGAAGUGGAGAGCGUCACGGCGCUGAUGCAGUGCGCCUUGAGGGCUACCAAGGAAUCCACCCUGAAGAGUGUCCUCAGCGCCUUGUGGAAUCUGUCGGCUCACAGCAGCGAGAAUAAAGCGGCCAUCUGCAUGGUGGAGGGAGCCCUGGCCUUUCUGGUCAGCACCCUCGCCUACAAGUGUCAGAGCAACUCGCUAGCCAUCAUUGAGAGCGGAGGGGGCAUCCUGAGGAACGUGUCCAGCCUCGUGGCUACCCGGGAAGACUACCGGCAAAUCCUGCGAGACCACAGCUGCCUGCAGAUGCUGCUCCAGCACCUCAAGUCCCACAGCCUGACCAUCGUCAGCAACGCCUGCGGCGCCCUCUGGAACCUCUCGGCCCGCAGCCCCAAGGACCAGGAGCUUCUCUGGGACCUGGGGGCGGUCAGCAUGCUGCGCAACCUGGUCGACUCCAAGCACAAGAUGAUCGCCAUGGGCAGUGCCGCCACGCUCCGCAACCUCCUGGCCAACCGGCCCCUCAAGUACAAGGACGCCACGGUCACUUCGCCCAGCUCCUGCGUGCCCUCGCUGUACAUGAGGAAGCAGAAGGCCCUGGAGGCGGAGCUGGAUGCCAAGCACCUGGCCGAGACCUUCGACAGCAUGGAGAGGCAGGUGCUGAAGAACCAGGGCGCCAAGAAGCCCACGUGGCACAUGGAGAGCUUGGUGAAGGACUACGCGUCGGACUCCGGGUGCUUCGACGACGACGAGGUGCCCAACAUCUCCGGCGGUGCGGAGACGGGCAAUGCCUCAGUCCUCUCCAUGUUCCUUGGCAGCUCCUUCCUCCAAGGCCAGGCUCUGCCGCGACCCGGAGCACAGAGGAGAGGCCCCGAGCCGGAGAAGGAUGAGAGUGCCAAGCGGCCCGAGGGGCCCAGGCUCCCCCCGCUGCUUCUGCCUCCGGACAACGAGGUGUCCAUGGCAGCCGAGAAGCUGGCCAACAAGAUCUCCACCACCGUGGCCAAGAUAGACCGGCUGGUGGAGGGCAUCACCCUGCAGCCGUCCUCCUCUGACAGCUUCAGCCUCAGCUCGGAGGACCACUGCCUGGACUGGCCGUACGACCCGGAGGACGCCCGCGAGGCCCGUGCCCGGCUGUGCUCCCCCUGCCGGCUGUCGGACUCGGCCGGGCUGCUCAGGCGGGAAGGCCCUGGCCGGGCCCGCACCCUCCUGCAGCUGAAGGCGGCUUGCAGCAGCCUGCCCAACGACAGCCUCAACAGCAGCAGCGCAAGUGACGGGUACUGCACGCGGGAACACAUGGCCCCCUGCACGCGGACGACCUUCCUGGACUUCAAGGACGAGCUGCACCGGCGGCAGAAGCGCCCCAGCCGCCUCGACCUGAAGAACAUCUUGCUGAACCGGCCCGAGAAGGCCGACCUGCUGGGGAAGAGGCAGCAGGCGUUCAGGGAGGAGGCAGAGAGGCCGGAACCUCUAGAGAAGGCCAAGGGGAUGGCGGCUCCAGCCGUGGAGGCUGCCGAGAAGGAACCCAAAGAGCAGGAGAAGGGUCCAAGCGCCAAGCCCGAGCCCAGUGCUCUGGUCCACACAAUUAAGCUCUCCCCCUCCUACCAGCACGUCCCCCUCGUGAGUAACACAGACAGCGGCAACCCAGAGCCUGGGACCGCUCGGUACCCUGCAGCCAGUUCAUACCGCCCACAGGCUGCGGAAAAUGUUAGCAAGCGUCCGGAGAAGCUGCCGGUUCCAGCUGCAGCAGGACAAGAGCAGCUGCAGAAAUACUCCGUGGAGGACACCCCGAUCUGCUUCUCGCGCUGCAGCUCCCUGUCUUCCCUCUCCUCGGCCGACAAUGUGCUGGACGGGCAGAGCCACAGUGAGAACGAGCUGGACAGCGACUCCUCCCUGGAGAUCAUCGAGGUGGAGGAGGUGGAGGAAGCCCACCGAGAAGAGCAAGCCGAGAAGGAGAGCAGGGCCGCGGAGCCGCCGCUGGCCCUCUCGCAGCCCAUCACGAUCCCCUUCCCCAAGAGGGAGAAGGUCUUCCUCCGUGGGGCCUCUCCCUCCCGCCACGAGGACCUGACCCCUUCCAGCUCCUCCGAGAACUACAUUCAGGAGACCCCCUUGGUGAUGAGCCGCUGCAGCUCCGUCAGCUCGCUGGGCAGCUUCGAGAGCCCGUCCAUCGCCAGCUCGAUCCAGAGUGAGCCCUGCAGCGAGAUGGUCAGCGGGACCGUGAGCCCGAGUGAGUUGCCCGACAGCCCCGGGCAAACCAUGCCGCCGAGCCGCAGCAAGACGCCCCUCUUCGAACUGGGCGGCCAGCCGGAGAAGGAAGCCAGUCAGUUCAACAUCCAGUGGGAGAACAAUGUCAAGAAGUUCAUGGAGAUCACGGACUUCAAGGAGCGUUUCCAGAUGCAAGACCUGGACUCCAUGGCCUACUUCACCGUGGAGAAACCCAACGAGAACUUCUCCUGCGCCUCCAGCCUGAGCGCGCUGCCCCUGCAUGAACAUUACGUCCAGAAGGAUGUCGAGCUGAAGCUCAUCCCGCCCUUCCCUGAAAGGAGUGGCCUGAAUUUCAUGAUGCACGAGGACGGAGAUGAGGAGGGGGCCAGCGAGGGCCAGCGGCCAGCUGAGAGACUCGAGCUGACUUCAGACGAAGAAGUCGAGAUCCUGAAGGAGUGCAUCAACUCAGCCAUGCCGCCCCGGUUCCGGAAGGUCCGUACCAACCUCAUCUCUGGCCUUCCAGCCCAGGUUCUGCACCCACAGACCAAGAAGCCGGUGCAUGUGCCAGUGUACAUGCUGGUCCCGGCCAGCUCCCACCUGGGUCUCAGCAGGCAGAGGCGGGCUGCGCUGCUCGGGGCCAGCACGGACUACGUGGCGGACGAGGAUUCCUGCACGGACUCCGCGGAAGGCACGCCCGUGAACUUCUCCAGCGCGGCUUCGCUGAGCGACGAGACGCUCCAGUACCCGGUGAAGGACAACGCAGACCCGAGGCGGUGCUCUGAGAAGAGGAAGGAAGGCCCGCGGGGCACGGGCACCAAGGCAGAGGUGCCUCCGCGCGAGCGAGCCGGGCUCCAGGCUAGGCGAGUCACCUCCAGCCACUCGACGCCGACCAAAGUCGCCUCCGGCCACAAGCACAGCGCGGGGUCUAAUCACACCAGCCCGCUUCGUGCCGCCCGGGCCCAAUCCGCCGAGGCCAAGCGGGGGCCAGGUCCUCUCCGGAACCUCGAGCUGACUCUUGCCCGGCAGGGAAGCGUGAGGGCUUGUUCGGAGGGGAGCCGUUCCGACAGAGAGGGCUCUUGGGAGAACGGCGGUCGCCAGAGCGACAUGGCCUUCCAGUCCCUCUGUCACACGACCCCGACGGAGGAGGCCAUCUACUGCUUCUACGAGCACGACGCGGAGGACCUGACGGAGCGCAGCAGGAAGAACUCACCCAAGAAGAAGGCCGGCAAAGGCCCGAAGAAGGAAUGCUGGGUGGCGCAGAAGGAGCCGGGGAAGGCCAAGAUGGCGGUGCCCAAGUGCCGCAGCAACCUCAUCGCCGACGAGACCCCGCCGUGCUACUCGCUCAGCUCUUCCCUCAGCUCCCUCAGCGACCUGGAGCUCUACAAGGGCGAGCAGAGGUCGCACGGGAACAACGGCAGGGCCGGCCGCCCAGGGACCGUGGGCCGCCGGCACGAGGCGAGAGCGCCCCCGACGCGAGGCAGGGACAGCUCCGCCAGCUCGCUCAGUUGCAACUCAGAGGAAGACCUCCUGCCCAAGCGCAUCGGCCUCCCCGUGCCCAAGAGGAGACGCCCAUCAGCCCGAAGGACAAAUGGCGAGAAGGAGCAGGUGGCCAGCUGGGCCCAGAAGCGGAAGGCCAGCGUGCCGGUGGAAGACGCCGCCGAUGAGAGAGGGUCUGACCUCGACAGCGUGGACUGGAAAGCCAUCCAGGAGGGCGCCAACUCCAUCGUCACCUGGCUCCACCAGGCCGCCACGUCCUUAGGCAGGGAGCCAACCUCGGAAACAGAGUCGAUCCUUUCCUUCAUGUCCGGCCUCUCCGCUGGCUCAGCUUUGCAGCUCUCUCUGGGCAGGAAGGAAAAGAAGAGAGGCAAGGACCUUCCUGGGGGGCAUCUGGAGAAGAGAGGCCACCCCAAGGCCCCGCAAGAUGGCAGGAAGCCCUCAGAAGCUGGAGCUCCUGCCUGCAGGAAAGGGCGAAUAGAGAAAACCCCGGGCCAGCAGAAACGCAUGACCAACUUACCGGUGGUCUUCCGUGGCCGGACGGUGAUCUACAUGCCUGAUGCGGGAAAGGAGCCCCCCAGGCAAGGCCCCCGGUCUCCCCCAGGGAAAGCAGGGCCUGCAACCAAGGAGGAAGCCCCUUCGAAGAUCCCAAAUUUUAACCAACAGAGAUCACGGAGUCUCCACCGGCCUGGGAAGAUCUCGGAGAUGAUGGACUUGACGCUGCCCAAGAGGAGUGCGACCCCCCCAGCUCGCAUCCCCCGAGCGCCAUCCUCUGGGUCCUCCAAGACGUCCACACCCUCCCAGCCCAAGCCGAAGAAGCUGCCAUCUCCGUCACAGCAGCAGAGCCGGCAGCUGCCGCCCGGCGAAGCCAGCAAGGGGGGCGGAAAUGCCUCACCUCCAGCCCCCAGCCCCAAGCCGGCUCGGAAGUCCCCUGUGUCCAAGCAGCACAAGACCCAGAAGUCACCCGUCCGCAUCCCCUUCAUGCAGAAGCCUCCCAAGAAGACACUGCCCACAAGGAGCCCGAUGCCGAUUCUGGAAGAGCAGGUCGGGCGCGGAGCCGGCGACCCACGGCCCAAGGCCAGUGGGAAGGCGGCCUUCCAGAACAGUCGGCUCAGCUUGGUGCGCAUGUCCUCCGUCCGGUCAUCUGGCAACGAGUCAGAUCGCUCCGGCUUCCUGCGCCAGCUGACGUUCAUCAAGGAGUCCUCCAGCCUCCUCAUGAGGCACCGUGCUGAGCUCUCCUCCGCGGAGCCCAUACCCUCGCUCUCUCAGGGCGCGUCCUCUCACAGAGGCCGGCUCGGCCUGCCGACCGUCUUCCUCUGCUCCUCCCGCUGCGACGACCUCAAGGUGGACAAGCCGGCGGGGCCGAGCCAGCGGCCCGUCAUCUCCCGGGUGCCGCUUCCCGGACACAGAGCCCCGGCUGGCACCAGGCCUCCGAGGCGCACCAGCUCAGAGAGCCCCUCCAGGCUCCCUGUCAAAUCAGGCGGGGGCCCCCCGGAGCCCUUCAAGCGCUACUCUUCGUCCCCUCAGAUCAACGUGGCGAAGAGAACAGCCAGCCCGGCCCCGGGGCCCCCCAGCUGCCCCCAGUCCUCAGGAGGCGGGAAGAAGGCUGAGGAGGCCCCCAAGCUUCUGGUGGAUUCCGCAGCCCCACCAGCUGCUCCCCAUCCGGGGGCAGCGGCACCACAGACCAAAGAGCAGCUUCAGGCCAAGGCGAAGGGGACCUGGAAACGGAUCCGCGAUGAGGAUAUCCCACACAUUCUACGAAGCACCCUUCCCUCCACCGCCCUGCCGUUGGUCAGCACCCUGAGGGAGGAGGAGAGCCGCCAGGCCUGGGGGGACCUCCAGCGCAAGACGAGUGACGCCGUCGUCCAGACCGAGGACUUUGCCGCCGCCAAGACCCACUCCAGCACCUCUCCGACACUGGGGGUGCAGGAGGCGCCCAAGAUCCCGUCUGAUGGCUGCGAGGUGGACACCUUUGCUCCAGGAAAGGCCACCUUCGGCCACGAAGUCCCAGUUGGCGCUCUGGGGAACUUCCCUCCCAGCAGACACAGCUCCCCAAGCCGGGCAGUCAGGGUGACCCCCUUCAAUUACACCCCCAGCCCCAUGGCGGAGCCGAACGUCAAUGAGAAGCAGGUGGAGAAAGUGCAGGUUUGA